AUGAAUCUUCGUCACGAACAGGAUUCGAACCUGUGCGGGGAAACCGCAUUGGAUUUGGAGUCCAACGCCUUAACCUCAGGUGACGGCGGGCUGCUGGUGUGUCGGCUGGACAACCCAUCCCUGGGAACAGAGAAGGAGGCCAGGCUGCUGCUGUACCAGGACAUGGACUCAGACCUGGACAACCUGAGCUGCUCCCAGCGACUCAGCAGAGCCCAGUUCACCAUUUCCCUCAGCCAGGACCAACACAACCAGACUAUCCCUCGUCAGUCUUCGCCCACAGCCUGGCAGGUGCUGUACGCUGACAGAUACACGUGUGAGGAAAACUCAGCAACGCCGUCGUUCGCCGACCUCGGCUUCACUCUCCUGCUGUUCAACCCCGACUCUGCUGGGAACCCGCUGGAUCACUUCAGCGCAGAGGAAGCAGGGCUGCACAGUUUCUACUUCCUCCUACUGCUCGCCUACUUCAUCGCCUGCUGCAUCUACUUCCAGCCUCUGUAUCAGGCGCUGAAGAAUGGGGGCCCCAUGCACACGGUCCUCAAGGUGCUGACCAUGGCCCUGGCUCUGCAAGGCUGCUCUGCCCUCUGCAACUACAUCCACCUGGCCAGGUAUUCCAGAGACGGUACUGGGAUCCCCCUGAUGGGCAGCCUGGCAGAGUUCUGGGACAUGGUGUCUCAGGUGUCCAUGCUGUACAUGCUGCUGAGCCUGUGUAUGGGCUGGACUCUGAGUCGAGGCAGGAAGCCGCAGUCCAGACCGCUGCAGUGGGAGCGCUCCCCGGCGUCCACGGCCGUCGCUGUCGGCGGCGUGGUCACACAGGGGGUCCUGCUGCUGUGGGAGCAGUACUCUGAGUCAGAGAGCGAACACCACAGUUAUCACGCCCAACGAAGCCUAGCAGGUCUCCUCCUCCUGGCUCUGAGAGUGGCGCUGUCCCUCCUGCUGGCCUCCGUCCUCUACCAGAUCGUCUCCACAGAGAGGAGCACCCUGAAGAGAGACUUCUACCUCUGCUUUGCUAAGGGCUGCUUCCUGUGGUUCCUUUGUCACCCUGUCCUCGUCCUCAUGUCUGUGGUCUUCAACGACCACCAGAAGGAAAAGGAGAAGACAGCUGAAACCCAGCCAAAGACAGAGCAGCAUGCCUAUAACAUGAGCAACAAACUUUCCAGAGAAACUGAGACCCCCAGCUGGUCUCUGCAGAGCGCCGUAACUUUAACACUGCAGCAGUCCACUAAUACGAACCGACACUGUGGAUCCAAGAGGAUUCGCCGUGUCAGGACCCGAGGAUGA